AUGGGCAGACUACGGAUAUUUGCCGUGUUGUCUCUGGCGUGGUACGCAUGCGACUGGGCAUUGCCGGGAGCGUUAUUUGCACAUGGAGAGCUCUUCGGCGUGCCCGAGGCCCGUGGAGACGGGGUGAGCGGCGACCAUGGCGCCCCGCUCCGUCGGCUGCUUCGCAAGGGAGGUGUGUUCGCUAAGGUCGCGCCCGGAAUACACGCGCUGCUACCGGUCGGCAGGAAGAUAGUCGCGCGUCUGGAGCGAGUCCUAAGGGUUGAGAUGGCGCGUCUCCACACACACGAACUGGAGCUGCCGAUACUACAGCCGGAGCGUCUGAUACGGAGCCGCGAGGCGGAAUUCGGCCGAGAUUUGUACAAGCUUAAAGAUAGACAGGAUCGCGUUUUACACCUCAGUCCCACAUGCGAGGAGUUGGCUUGCCUGGUGGCGUGCAACGCACUCAGCCCCCUGUCGCGAACGCGGCUGCCGCUGAGGGUAUUCCAGAUCCGCUCCAAGUUCAGGGAUGAGCUGCGCCCCUGCGACGCGACCAUGCGGUGCAGGGAAUUCACGAUGAAGGACGCCUACUCCUUCCAUGCAGACGAGCAGUCGUCGGAGGCCGCCUACGAGGAGUUCCGUGAGGGCUACAAACGCAUACUGCAGAAGCUGCGCAUAGCACAUACAAUUAGACGUGAAGAUCGCGGGGACUGCUUCGACGAGGAAUUCGAUGCUGAACUCCCUGCCACUGGCGACUCCUCGAAGCUCGAGAUCGCUCACAUCUUCAAGUUGGGAACCGCACUCUGUGAGGAGGCAGGUCUCAGCUACGAGGUGGAAGGCCGGCGCAAGAAGCCCGUGCACCUCAACUCCUACGGCAUAGGCAUACAGCGCCUACUGUACGCGGCAGCGGCCCAGCACAGCGACGCCGACGGGCUGAAGCUGCCGCAGAUAAUGGCCCCUUACGACGUCGCAGUUGUGCCUUGCGACACGGAUUCGGCUGAAGUGGCCCAACUGGCGCACGACUUGCACGUGUCGCUAUCCAAAGCCGGGCUUGACACACUGCUGGACAACCGUGACCUCCCGCUGAAGCAGCGCACAGCGGACCUGCGAGCCAUCGGUGUGCCGCACGUUGUGUACGUCUCCGAGUCGACUCAGGUGGGCGGGACCCGUGAGCCUAGCGGUGCCGUGGCCGAGGCCAUACGGCAGGAGAGUCGUACCUCCAACGAGUACCACCUGGGGCAAUCAGAAUCCGCCUUGCUAGCUCGAAGCUGGCCAAACGUCGACACAAGCCGCCUGGACAAACCGGUGAGGUACGUACACCGCGCGUUCGAAGGCGACUUCGUGCUUCCGGCCGCGCGGCUGCUGGAGCUGCUGUGCGCGUGA